UUUCUUGUUUUAGAACUUCAAGACAAUAUCCUGUCCACGUGAUCCUCCCAUGUAUUUGUGGAUAUGGGUCAAUACCUUGACCUGUUAUAAGCUUUCACAUACCUAACGUCUUUUGUCGUUUGUUCUUUAUCCCCACCUACUUGCUGUUCUCUGACCUUUCCCAUGCAUUUUUCUUUAAGAUUUCUGGAUCCAUAAUCAUUCACGUCACAGAUAGAGGGAGCCAAGGCUGAAACAGGAUAAUAGCCUUUAAAUCCCCUUCUCUAAGCACUCAGAUCUUCCCUGUCAGCAAGAUUAAAGCGGUCAACAGCAGUCCCCAUGUGUCUGUAUCCCACACUGAGUUUUAACAACAACUGGAGCUGCUGGCUGCUGGGGAAAGAAAUGUGACGCCGCCUUAGUGCCUGAUGCUUCAGGCGGGAAGACACAGAGGGGAACGCCGCAGCCAAGGGAGCACAUCUUACAGCGGUGGUGGUGGCAGGACGGAGAGUUGCAUCCAACUGGCUGACUAGAGAGGCAACAUGUGGCCUUUGAAGCCAAGAAAAGACUCCCAGGGCAAAGCCUACAAAGCCAAACUACAGGAGGCCUCCUUGGACUCUACUACAGGAGGUAAAGGAGACACAGUGUGCAUAGACACACACUCCAGGGGAUUUGGUGUGCCUCAGUGGGGACCCAAGCGACAAUUGCUGCUGGAAACAGAGAAAAACUAUUAUUCCUUUGAGGAUGAUGAGGAGGAGGAGUUGGAGGAGGAGGAGGAGGAAGAAGAAGAUGAAGAAGAUCAAGCAAGGCUUUCGCCAGUGUUUCCAUUCAGUCCGUCAUUUCAUCCUGAAGCGGGUACGACCACUGCAGCUUCCUCCUCCGUGCUCAACAUCAAUGUUGGUGGCCGGACUUAUCGCCUUACCUACCAGGCUGUGGCCAUUUAUCCCAACACACGACUAGGCCGCUUGGCCACUUCCACUGACCGUCGCUGCCAGUUAGGCCUGUGUGAUGACUACGCUGCACAGGGGGAUGAAUAUUUCUUCGACCGAGACCCUGCUGUCUUCCAGCUCAUCUACAAUUUCUAUGCUUCGGGAGUGUUGCAGGUGCGGGAUGAGCUGUGCCCCCGCAGCUUCUUGGAGGAGCUGAGCUACUGGGGGGUACGGCUAAAAUACACCCCCCGCUGUUGCCGCAUCUGCUUUGAAGAGAGGCGUGAUGAGCUGAAUGAGCAGCUAAAGGUGCAAAGGGAGCUCCGGGCCCAAGCGGCCGUUCAGGAGAGCGAACGCCUCUUCCGACACAUGCGCUAUGCUGCCCAGCGAUGGCGCCUUUGGAACCUUAUGGAGAAGCCCUUCUCGUCCACCAUGGCCAAGGCUAUGGGUGUGGCCUCCAGCUUCUUUGUCCUCAUCUCAGUAGUGGCACUGGCUCUCAAUACUGUGGAGGAGAUGCAGCAGAAGGACAAAGUCAAUGGAGUGAUCCGACCCAUGCUGGAGCAUGUGGAGACCUUCUGCAUCGCCUUCUUCACCUUAGAAUACAUCCUGAGGUUGAUCUCCACUCCAGAUCUGCGCCACUUUGUUACCAGUGCCCUCAACGCUGUGGAUCUCAUUGCAGUCUUACCCCUCUACAUCCAGGUAUUUCUAGAACAUUUUGUAGAGGAUCUGCCACGUGGACAAGGCUCCUCACAUGAACAUGACAUUGAGAAAGUGGGACGGGUUGGGAAAGUAGGACAAGUGCUCCGUAUCAUGCGCCUCAUGCGCAUCUUCCGCAUUCUCAAGUUGGCCCGCCACUCAACUGGGCUGAGAGCUUUUGGCUUCACAUUACGCCAGUGUUACCAGCAGGUGGGCUGCCUCUUGCUAUUCAUUGCCCUGGGCAUCUUUGCCUUCUCUGCCAUGGUUUACACUGUGGAGCAUGAUGUUUCCAGCACAAACUUCACCAGCAUCCCCCAUGCCUGGUGGUGGGCAGCCGUCAGCAUUUCUACUGUGGGAUAUGGAGACAUGUGUCCAGAAACCCACCUCGGACGACUCUUUGCUUUCCUCUGCAUUGCUUUUGGAAUAAUUUUGAAUGGCAUGCCCAUCUCUGUCCUCUAUAAUAAAUUCUCAGACUAUUACACCAAACUAAAAGCAUAUGAGUAUACAGCUAUACGGAAAGACAGAGGGAAAGUAAAUUUCACACGGCGGGCUGUGAAGAAGAUGUCUGAGUGCUGUGGAAACAGGCUAUCCUGACUGCUAAGAUGGAGAAACCAUUAAUUCCCUGGAAGGGGGG